AUGGAAAGUCUCUCCAGCAGCAACAGCAGCAGCCGAGACCCUCUCCUUGACACGUCUUCCCACGCCCUCCUGCCCACCGACGCGCACGCCUUUAUAGAACGAUACGGCCUCAAAGAAGACGACUACGAAAUUUUCGAACAAGCUGCAACAGAUUUAUUCCUUCUGUCAUCAGAUCCUGAUUCCCAUGAUUCCACGACUAUUACUACGACGACGACGAGAUUAUUACAAGAUGCUCGAAAUACGAACCCCAUCCCCAACAACCCAAGAAAACCCGAAAGCCAACCAAAAACCAAAUGGCAUCACCCUCUACCCCUCUAUCUCAUCGUCCUCGCCCUCUGCCUCGGCGCCAUGUCCCAAGGCUGGUCUCAAGCUAGUAUCAAUGGCGCCAAUCUCUACUAUCCGCAAGACUUUCACCUUGACAAUAAAUCCUCCACUACCCACAAUACCCUCAUAAUAGGCAUCAUCAACGCCGCAAUCUACCUCAGCAACGGCCUCGUAGGCUCCUGGCUCGUCGCCCCCCUCAACGCACGCUAUGGAAGGCGAGGCGCAACUUUUCUCGGAGGAGCUAUCUGCGUCGUGAUGAAUUUCCUGAGCGGGUGGUCGUCAUCUUCUUGGGAGGCGUUGUUGGGAUUUCGAUUACUCUUGGGAGUCGGGUUGGGAGUAGUUUCGAGUUCGUUGAAUGUGUUUGCGGCGGAAGUGGCUCCAGCGCAAAUUCGAGGCGCGUUGGCAGUGGGUUGGCAGAUGUUUUGCGCCGGAGGGAUUUUUGUGGGGUUGGGGUGGAAUUUGGUUGUGGAUCAGUAUUGGGGGAAUUAUUAUUGGGGGCAGGAGAAGGAGGAGGAGCACGAAGCGGGGAUGAGGUGGAGGGUGAUGUUGAUGGCUGGUGCGGUUCCUGCGGUGGUUUUGAUUGUGUUGAUUUGGUGGUGUCCGGAGAGUCCGGCGUGGUAUGUGAAGCAUGGGGAGCAAUAUGGCAAAGCGUUUGAUUCGCUGUGUCGAAUUAGGAAUUCUAAACUCGAGGCUGCGAGGGAGUUGCUUCUUGCGCAUCAACAGCAGCAGAAACGUCCUUCAAGAACAAACACCACCACCACCACCGCCAUCCAGCAUGAUGAUGAUGAUAACAAGAACUCCUCUUCCUCUUUCCGCCAAACCUUUUUCGAACUGUACACCGUCCCCCGGCUCCGCCGCGCCACAAUAGCAGCCUACACCGUAAUGCUCUCCCAACAGCUCUGCGGCAUCAACAUCAUCGCCUUCUACAGCAGCAACAUCUUCGUUUCAGCCCACUUCUCCCCCUUCGCAGCCGAACUCGCCUCGACCAUUUUCGGCCUCUGCAAUUUUCUCGGAGCCCUGCCCGCAAUUUUCACCAUGGACACUUUCGGUCGCAGAUCUCUUUUGCUGUACACUCUUCCUCUGAUGGGACUCACACUCGCAUGCACCAGUUUCACUUUCAGCUUCUCUUCUUCCUCCUCGUCCUCCGCUUCUACCACCGAUCCUCCUCAUAAACAAAACUUCCCCCUUCUCACCACCUCCCUCAUCUACAUCUUCUGCCUCCUCUACAGCCCAGGCAUGGGUCCCGUCCCAGCCAUCUACUCGGCCGAAGUCUUCCCCCUCAGCCACCGCGAAAUCGGAACCAGCAGUUCCGUCGCCGUGACAAAUCUUUUCGCCGCAAUUCUCUCCCUCACAUUCCCCUAUCUCCUCGCCAGAAUGGGCACGCAAGGGAGUUUUAUGUUGUAUGCUAUAUUGAAUCUGGUGGCGUGGGGGUUGGUGUUUGUGUUGGUGCCGGAGACGAAGCAGCUGACGUUGGAAAAAGGGCUCGAGGAGGUGUUUGAGCAGCCGACGAGGGAGUUUGUGAGAGGGAAGGCGAGGAGGUGUGUUUUUUGGGGACGAUGA